UGUUUGAACUUCAAAUGGAGACUUAAGGGACUUGGAACCAUUUAAGAUUAAUUCAAAUAUUUCGAAAUAUUUAUUAAUUCAAUAAUCGCAGCAAAAUUAAUGUGUUUCAUUUCCUCGUAAUACUGAAGCCAGGUGAGUCAGCUUUUCGUGUUCCUGAAAGAUGGUCGUAUAUUUUGGAAGAAAUCUGUGCAGCCUUUGUUUCAUCUGAAGACUGAAACAAUGGAGCACGUAAAGGGAAAAAAAGACAAAAUUUCUCUAUUUUAGGUUAUUUUAACGUGUGCGUAAAACAGGCCUUUAAGCCCAAAGGCGCAAAAUACAAUUUUAGCUCUUAGUAAUUUUACAUUUUCUGAAUUUUUAACUACAUUUAAGCGUUUUUAUUAACAAAGUAUUUUAAUUUUUUAAACAUACAAUAAUUGCUUAUUGUGACGUGCGUAAAUGCGUCAAAGCGCAGUGCUCACACGGCUGCUUUGUCCAAAUGAUGCUGCUUAAUUAUGACAAUUGGCCAACAAUAAAUGUCUCCCAUAAAAAGGCGAUAAAAGAAAUGAGCCUCAAAUCCCGAAUUAGUGAAAAAUAAACAGAGCAAACGUGUGUUUGUGUGUCAAAUCUUUAUUCAUUUGGUUUUAUUUCUGAAUUAAACGUUUGUUUUGUUGUUUGUUUUGUUGUUGUUGUUGGAGGAGCUUCGUGAUUAUGAAUACUUGAUGUGAAUAAAAAAAACUAAUUAAAAGGUGGAGCUCGUGGCAUUCCUGUCAAUACUCUGCAGCUGUAUGCGUCAUAGACUGCAUAAAAACGCAGCCUUCAUCUUCAUCCUCCACACAGAAGAAAAAUGUCACGUUUUCAUGUUUUGCACAAUUUAACAAUUCUUCCUGAGCGGUUUUUCCACCCUAAUGUGCAAAUAAAUAAAAGCAUCAAUCGCAUUUUUAUGUUUUCUCUUCAGCUCUCUGCUUCUCAGUCGUGCAAAACCAAUUUCAAGUCCGUGUUGUAGGUGUCGCUGUUGACCACGUCUGCAUCCGCAGUGGGAACGCGUGCGUGGCGAGGAGGCUGCGUCUCAAGGCCAUUUUCAAAUCUCAUUGGUGGGUUUGUCAUGUGGUCUGGAGGCAUCCUGACUUACAGAUUGUUUUUUCUAGAUAUGUCAGCUUACAAAGGACAUCUCUCUCCUCUUUAGAACUUAACCGCUAAAAUGUCCUUCUCCAGCAGCUCGCCUGCGGCAAACCCGUUUUUAGUGGACUCUUUAAUCGGUGCGUGCAGGACGGACAACUUCUACUCCAACAGCAACAUGUACAUGCCGCCCGGCUCAGACAUGGGAAGCUACGGAAUGCAAACCUGUGGACUCCUGUCGUCUUUCGGCAAAAGGGGGGAGGUCAGCCACCAAAACACGGGCAUGAACGUCCACUCCUUCAUACCUCAGAUAGAUAACUGGUCUGAUCCGAGCAGAACCUGCAGGAUAGAGGCGCCCGGUCAGAUGUCAAACUGCACAUUUCCACAGAGCAUAAAGGAAGAGGGGAACUGCUGCAUGUAUUCUGAUAAAAGAAUCCAAAAAGUCAGCUCCCCAGAGAUCCCCGCGUAUUCGAACGUUGUUGUUGCCGAACCCUGCCCAGUCGAGGGCCCAGAAGUCCCGGUUCCGGGCUAUUUCAGACUGAGCCAAACAUAUGCGAACGGAAAGCAACCGGAAAACUUCUGCCAAGCCCCACCGAGCCCGAAUCUCCUGCAGCUUAGCCGGGUCACCCCUAAGCUGCAGCAGUCCUCUUCAGGCUUUGCAGAGGCGGAGAAGAAAAGCCAAGACGUCACACAACACACGGAGAGCACAAGAACGCCGGUCCCUGCUGAGAGUCCCGACCCGAAGUCCAGUUCGGAGGAAAAGAACUGCUCGGGAGAAGCCCCAGUGUCCAGCCCUGAACCACAGAAGGAAGGGAAAGACUGCAGGAGUGACUCCCUCACAAACAACUGGCUAACGGCGAAAAGUGGGAGAAAGAAACGGUGCCCGUACACAAAGCACCAGACCUUGGAGUUGGAAAAGGAGUUUCUCUUUAAUAUGUACCUGACCCGGGAGCGCCGCCUAGAGAUCAGCAGGAGCGUCAACCUGACCGACAGGCAGGUCAAGAUCUGGUUCCAGAACCGCAGGAUGAAACUCAAAAAAAUGAACCGGGAAAACCGCAUCCGAGAACUGACCUCAACCCUCACCUUCUCUUGAGCUGCCGUGCGCCAGCGGUUAGCCACCAUUAUUUCUCAAAGCUCCUGGUGGCGCCAGACGUUUAUCCGAAUUUCAACAAAGCUGUGACUAUUUGAAGCUAUUUGGCGUGGUGUUUUCGUUUCCUUUUAUCACAGGGUAACACUUUUUUGGUCUUAAAUUAUUGGUGAAACAUUUCUUCUCUCUGCCAGCAGACAUGUGGGAGUGCAGAGGGUUGCUCCACUGCAGUCAUGAGAACACACUUAUCGUGUUUGGUGCAAAAAAUGUUUGUGUCUGUGGGCUUUUUCGUGCUGGCAAACAAUGUUAAGCUGCGGAUUUAUUGCAUGUUUGUUGCAUGUAUAUAAUGCAAUAAAAAUAUUGUUGAAGA